AAGGAUGCAGAGGCCGGGCUGGCGCGGGGGUCGGGGACGGUGCGCGGGAAGGGAACUCAAGUCGUCCGUAGUGGCUGCUGGGACUCGCUGUAGGUCGUAUCCGUCCAGGUAUGCUUGCACAUUAGCCUCGAAUUCAGUGCUGGUGAACCAUGAAGUGCCUGAUCGCCGGCGGCAACGUGAAGGUGCUGGGCAAGGCUGUCCAUUCGCUCUCCCGAAUCGGGGACGAGCUCUAUCUGGAACCCUUGAAGGACGGGCUCUCCCUGCGUACGGUGAACUCUUCCCGUUCUGCCUAUGCCUGCUUCCUCUUUGCCCCACCCUUCUUCCAGCUGUACCAGGCGGCCUCCCCAGGUCAGGACCUGCUGCGCUGUAAGAUCCUAAUGAAGAGGCACAGUACCAGGCUGAUGUCCUACCCUGCCCAGUCCUUCCUGUCGGUCUUCCGCUCUCUGGCGAUGGUGGAGAAGACUGUGGAAAAAUGCUGCAUCUCCCUCAGUGGCAGCCACAGCCACCUGGUGGUCCAGCUCCACUGCAAGCAUGGGGUCAGGAAAACACACAACCUCUCCUUCCAGGACUGUGAAUCCCUGCAGGCUGUCUUCGACCCAGCCUCGUGCCCCCACUUGCUCCGUGCCCCAGCACGGGUUCUGGCAGAGGCUGCUCUUUCCUUUCCCCCUGCGCUCACUGAGGUGACACUGGGCAUUGGCCAUGGCAGACGGGUCAUUCUUCGCAGUUACCAGGAGGAGGAGGCAGAUAGUACCAACAAAGCCAUGGUUACUGAGACUAGCAUUGGAGAGGAGGACUUCCAGCAGCUGCAUGCCCCAGAGGGGAUAGCUGUUACCUUCUGCCUCAAGGAAUUUCGGGGGCUCCUGAACUUCGCAGAGUCAGCCAACUUGCCUCUUACCAUCCACUUUGAUGUUCCAGGCAGGCCAGUCAUCUUUACCAUUGAGGAUUCUUUGCUGGAUGGCCACUUUGUCUUGGCCACACUCUUAGAACAAGACCCACGUUCCCAGGACCCAUGCUCCCCAAAGCCUCGCCAGCCAGUGCCUCAAAAGCAGGCUCAGAGCAUGCCCCACUUAGAUGACUUCACCAAUGAUGACAUCGACUGUUACAUGAUUGCCAUGGAAACCACCGUGGGCAGCGAGGGCUCCCGGGCACAGCCUUCCACUUCCCUCCCACCCGUCUCCCAGCCCUCCCAUGACCUCACCCCUCCCUCAGAGGAGGAGGAGGAAGCUGAGCCCAGUACAGUGCCUGGGACUCCCCCACCCAAGAAGUUUCGUUCACUUUUCUUUGGUUCCAUCCUGGCCCCUGUACACUCCCCCCAGGGUCCCAGCCCUGUUCUGGCUGAAGACAGUGAUGGUGAAGGCUGAACUUGAGAAACUGAAGCUUGUGUCCAAAGGCCCAUGGACCAGAAGCAUGCCCAGCCACUGGCAGGGCUGGAACUCAGUCCCUGGGCAUGGGAAAGGGGCUAUCCGCUGCAGAGCUGCCUAGGCAACCAUGUUUGGACCGUGUUUCACUCAACCUGUAUCAAUCAUGUCUUUUUCUGGUGCCCAGCUGCCACUGACAGGUUCCUCACCUCUUUCUCACUGUAGAGCCACAGGCCAGGCCCUAGGUAUCUGGCUAGAGCUAGAAACAUACCUUCCUCAGGCUUGCCUGCCUCUUAAAAAAAAAAAAAAAAAAAAAAAAUCACAGUGCUGAUUACCCUCUGCCAAUCAUGAACUCCCUAUCAAUCCUUGGGCCAUGGUUGGUAGGGACUAUUUCUCUUUCUUUCCCAACACUUGGGCCUUGGCUUGGAAUCCUAAUAGCCUCUGGACCCAAGUGUGCCCUGGGGGUUUGCCCUGGCCAGGCCCAUGUCCAGCCAGUCAGUCUGCCCUCCCAGGUGGCUUUGUACCAAAGGGCUGCUGGCCUGCUGUCGGGGACAAGUGAGACAGAGGCCAUGGUGAGAAUCCAGCUUUGACCUUUAUUCAAGAGACCAGAUGGGUUGCCCCAGGAUCUGGCUGCCAGCCGUGCAAGGCUGGAGACCCACAAUCUGGUCUGCCAUUGCCCUGAGCUGCAGCCUUGGCCCCAGGAUUCCACUUGCAGCCACCACAGGUGCUGGUGGGAGGGAGCCCUGGGGGAUUAGAUGCUGCUAUUGAUUCAUUAAAAAAGAAAGGAAAAGACACUUAGCGCUGUGUGUUCCCCGUGACGGGUGGGCCUGGGGGGCCAGUGACCCAUGGCAGCAUGAUUUCUGUACAAAUAAUCCAUCAUCUGGGGCAGAAGGGCAGCACAUGGAGGCUAUUUCUUGGCUUUGGCAGAGUUGCGUGGUGGGGUGAUGGGACGGCCUCCAGGGUUCAGGCCACUGAACUGCCCAUACUUCCCCUUGUUCUUAUCAGCGGGCUUGAG